AUGAUAAGAAGCAGACUCGGAAUUACAAACAUUCUGCAGGCCAACUUGAAACGGAGUUUCUCUGUCAGCGUGUCCCGAACGCUCAUAUACAAGUCGCAGCCAAAAAUACCAAAGCCAGCAGUCGAGGCAGAGCAAGCAAAUAGUCCAGUGGCAGAUACCAAAGACGCAGACAGAUUGGCCAGACUCGAGCAGAGUAGAUGGUACAGAUGGACGCCCAGGAUACUCAAGCCCUAUGCUCGAAGCAUGACUAUGCGUCCGUUGGGUUUUGGUAUUAGUUUUGCCAUACUCCACGAGAUCACUGCCAUUGUGCCAUUUCUAGGACUUUGGUGGUUUUUCCUCCACUACAAUUGGGUUCCGUUGGACGUGCCGCAGGAUCUACUGGCCAGAGGAGCUGAGGUACUUUCCAAAGGGCUUAUAAAUUUGGACGUGGACCUGGUGGAAAAGACUAAGAUCGUCACUGCGGGAGCCAAUGCCUACGCCGCUACUAAGCUGCUUCUGCCAGUGAGACUACCGGUCUGUUUUGCACUAGCCCCAUUCUUUGACCGAUGGUGCGUCAAGCCUAUCCAGAUGGCCUGGAGAAGACUGAUGGAACGCGCCAAGGCCAAACGGGCGGCCAACAAAGCUCGUCCUAAAUAA